AUGGCGAAAACCGAAUAUGAGGACUUCCAGCCCGAGGUGAAAACGAAGCCGACGAGUAAUGGAAGGAGGUCGUCUCGGAGUGGCACAUUACACAGCGUCGCUGCGGGUGAUGUCGAGACACUGGAGCAAUUGGGCUACGAGCCAUCCAAUCUGCACCGAAACCGAUCUACGCGCACGCUUCUUUUCCAGUCGUUCGCCAUCUGCUCGAUACCAUACGGACUUGGAGGUCCCCUCAUCAAUGUCAUCUACGGCGGUGGCCCGUUAGCCCUUUUUGUUGGCUGGAUAGUCGUCGCCCUCCUCAGCCAAUGUGUCGCUUUAUCAGUAGCGGAAUUGGCUUCUAGAUAUCCAACCUCGGCCGGUCCGUACUACUGGUCCUUCCAAGUUGCAUCAAGAGGCAAGGCAGCUCUUUCUUUCGUCACUGGCUGGACCUGGUUGAUUGCCAACUGGACCAUCACGCUCUCCGUCAACUUCGGCUUUGCAUCACUCCUCGCCGGAACAAUCACCAUGAUGGAGCCGACUUGGGUCGCAACGUCAUGGCAGCUUCUUCUCAUAUUCUACGGUCUGACGAUAUUUACGGCGGUGGUGGUCAUCUUCUGCAAUCGAUGGCUCUCGACUGUGGAUGCAUUCUGUUCGGGGUUCAUUGGGGUGACUAUCUUCGUCGUCUUGAUCGCACUCUCAGUCCAGGCAAAAGCAGGCCGUCACGAUGCCGCCUAUGCUCUAGGCCACUACGAAGAGACCUUCUCUGGCUGGGAGCACUUUACGUUCUUCAUCGGUCUCUUGCCCUCGGCAUACGUCUUCUGCGCUGUUGGCAUGAUCUCGGCCAUGGCUGAGGAGUGCAAAGAUCCAUCCGUCAGAGUGCCCAAGGCCAUCGGACUUACCGUCCCUAUUCAAGGCGUGGCGGGGUUGUUCUUCAUCCUGCCUAUCUGCUUUACCUUGGCCCCACUGGAUCAGAUCAUUGCCUCCCCUUACGGCCAGGCCUUGCCAGUUGUUUUCAGCGCCGCCAUGGGCACCCCCGGUGGCGGUCUUGGGCUCAUGGUUCUCGUUUUGAUUGUCACAAUCGGUUGCAGUCUGAGUAUCACAGUCGCCGCAUCUCGUUGCACCUGGGCAUUUGCUCGAGACAACGCCAUCCCAGGUGCUCACCUGUGGUCCAAAGUCGACGCAAAGUUGGGGGUUCCCGUCAACGCCGUCAUCCUAGUCACUAUUGUCGAAAUGCUGCUUGGUCUCAUCAACAUCGGAAGCACUUCGGCGUUCACAGCUUUCGUGUCCGUUGGUGUGAUGGCCCUGGAAAUUAGCUACCUCAUCCCCAUCCUCAUCAGCUUGAUGCAUGGACGUAAAGAGGUCAAUGGGGCUCGUUAUACCUGUGGACCAAAGAUCGGCACGCUCGUCAACUGCAUUGCUAUUGCUUGGAUCUUCUUCCAAACGGUCUUGUUCAGUAUGCCCACUGCGCUGCCAGUCACGGCAGUCUCAAUGAAUUACGCUAGUGUGGUCUUCGUUGGUUUCGCCGUGCUAUUCGCCAUAUGGUACCGGGUUCAUGCACGGAAAGUUUACAAGGGGCCGCCUGCAACAGAUGGAAUCGCUGCGUGA